UAAUAAUUGCGAAAACCGCGGUGGUAAUAAUCAUGAUUGUUGUUGUUAUUGACCAGCUGACCUGUAUUGAGCACUACUGUGUACCCGACACCGUCCUCAGUGCUUUCCAUGUGCUAUCUCAUCUCAUUCUGUCAGCAGUUUGAUGAGAUCGGUCCUGUUACCCUGAUUUUACCGAUGAGGAAACUGAGGCACAGGCCAGGAUAGGUGGGUGGCUUGAGGACACACAGCCCCAGACAGUAGAGCCAGGAUGUGUACGCAGGCAGCCUGACGCUGAAGCCUGCGUUCGGAACCACUGCCCAGAUUGCCUCCCGGGACCGUACUCGUGGUGUGGGUGACUUGUGUUAUGUUUCACGUGUGACGAGACCUUUGGGUGCUGAUAGCAGAAAUCUGGGUGGACACAGGUAGCAUUAUCAUCCUCACUAAGGCCCCCAGACUCAAGUGGCUUGCAGAGCUCAGUCAGGACGAGCCAGAGCCUAAACCUAGGUCCUCAGGUUCCAAGUUCAGUGUUCUUUCUACGACACGACACAUGUCUCAUCUGCAAACCGUGGGAAUUAAAAUACCUCGGAGGCACGAGGCUCAGAUGGGUUCGUAACUGACAUCUCCUGAGCGCUCACGGUGUGUCAGACGCCGUUCUCAGCUUUCCGUAUGUGUUGCUCAUCUCGUCCACACAGCAGCCCCGGAAGGUAGGUUGCUGUUCUGCCACCCUUUUUCGGCUGUGUGAGCAGAGACUCAGAGGUAAGUAGCUUGCCUGGAUUUAUGUAACGAAGCGGUAGAGACGAGAUUAAGGAAAGUGAAAGCAUCGUGGAUUUAACAGUUGCAGUUUCACCAAUUUGCAGGAGACCGAAGGCCCAUGAUGCCAUGAUGAUUUUUCUGUGGCACCCCUUUUUUUUUUUGAAUCCUGCUUUUGAAUCUGGCAUGUGUAGAGCAGAGUCCUUGAGCUGGCUCCAGGCUGAGCCAGCCGCCUAGAACCUUCAUCUCAACAUUACCCUGCUGCGUCCUCUUCUUACAGGAUCAGUCACCUUCGUGAUGUUACAGUUCAUUACAUUUUGUUGGGGGAAAUGAUAGGUUUGAGAACAUCCCUUGCAAAUGGCAGGGGUUUUCUGUAAAAGGUAAAGCCCUGGACAGAUGUGAGAUCAGGGGAAGAAAGGUUUGUGGUCUGUGGGUUGGCUUUUUGGAUUCCUGAUUGAAGACACAGAAAGCGUCCUAUUUGAAGUUACAGAACUAAGUGUGACAAAGUGGACUUUAUUUGAAUAUACCAGUCCACCCUCGUAGAUGAUUUCUUGUCAAGAAACCAGCCAUUCGUCUUAAGUGGCAGUGGAAAAACAAAUGGAAGUCUUAGGACUUCAGAGCUGAGAGAUGAACUUGAGACCCAGAGAUGAGAGUCGAUUUAAAUCAGGGUCUUUGUGAGUCUUUAUCUGUAAAAUCAGAGGGUUGGACUAGACCAAAAGUUCUCAAAUUAUACCCCUGUGAGCUGAGCCGAGGUUGAACUGCUUCUAAAAUUGGGGAGGGGGGGAAGUAAGGUAAUGGAACAUUCUCUAUGAUGUAUUAUUUUCCUGUGACUUUUAUUUUUAUUUUUUAACUUUCUCCCUGCUCCUGAGUGCUGACAAAUGUCAGAACGAAUGGGUAAGUAGCAGAGGGGCUCCCUGCCCCCACAGAUGUUACAGCUUGUGAUUACACUGCAGGCUGCCUGACUCAGUUACGUUUUCUGCAAGUGAAAUUUUUCCAAGACUUCCCAGCUAACUAGGCUCCUCAGAGAGAACCGUCUGGAAAAGGCGGCGCUGCUGGGCUCAAUGUCCUCCAAGAUACUUUCCUUGAAGAGACCGUUCAGCUCUGCCGUUGGGUGGGUUUUGGCUUGUUGAUUCUGUCGUCACCUCUUCCAGAACCCCUCUCCCCAUCAGGAACUGGGCUUGUGUGCAGAAGAGACCCGGUCCUUAAAGGCAAUGCAGGAAUCUCCGCCUUGUCAGCUGCAGCCCACGAAUCACUGGCCUGAGGCACAGUGCCAGAAGCAGUGGGUGAAGAAGUCCUGCCCUGCCCUUCCCAAGCAUCUGGACGCCAAGAUGGCGCCGCAGCCCUUGAAGGAGAGUGCUGUCCUCACUCCCCGAGUCCCUACUCUUCCAAAGAUGGGGAGCGUUGGAGAUUGGGAGGUGACAGCUGAGUCCCAGGAAGCCCUGGGCCCUGGCAAACACGCCGAGAAGGAGUUCUGCAAGGACCCCCCAGGAGACGGGUGUGGGAACGGUGUGCCCCUAGGUGUUCCAGUUUCAAAACCAAGUAUCAACAGCCAGCGAGAGCAGGGAUCAGAAUUUUGGCGUCCAAGCUUUAUAAAUUCCGGAAAAAGGAACACUGCAGAUUACAACCCAGGCAGUGAGCAAACAAGACCAGCUCAGGCAUUGGCCUGGAGAGACUCAAAGCCCUGGGAGGAACCGUACCAGUGGGACAUGGAGGACAUGAAGGUGUCGGGUGUGCACUGGGGCUACGAGGAAACCAAGACUUUUCUGGCCAUUUUGAGUGAGUCUCCUUUCUCUGAAAAGCUCCGGACUUGUCACCAGAACCGCCAGGUGUACCGGGCCAUUGCAGAGCGGCUGAGGGCUCGGGGCUUCCUGCGGACUCUGGAGCAGUGUCGCUACAGGGUCAAAAACCUCCUCCGGAAUUACCGGAAAGCCAAGAGCAGCCACCCACCAGGGACGUGCCCCUUCUAUGAGGAGCUGGAGGCCCUGGUGAGGGCGCGGACGGCCGUCAGAGUCACAGGUGGCCCAGGAGAGGCUGUGACGCUCCCCAGGCUGGUGGACAGCGAUGUGGAAAUGGAUGAGCAGGAGGAAGGGGGCUGGGAGCCUGAGGAGACGGCAGAAGACUGUAAUGGUGAUGACCUGGCCACCGAUGAUUCCGUCCAGGGGCCCAGGCUUCCAGGGGGCCCAGCUCUGUUCCAGAGUCGUAUCGCAGGUGUGCACUGGGGCUACGAGGAGACCAAGGCCUUCCUGACCAUUCUCAGCGAGUCCCCAUUCUCUGAAAAGCUUCGCACCUGUCACCAGAACAGCCAGGUGUACCGGGCCAUUGCGGAGCGGCUGUGUGCACAGGGCUUCCUGCGGACCCUGGAGCAGUGUCGCUACAGAUUCAAAAACCUCCUUCGAAGCUACCGGAAAGCCAAGAGCAGCCACCCACCAGGGACGUGCCCCUUCUAUGAGGAGCUGGACUCCCUGAUGAGGGCGCGGACUGCGGUCAGAGCCAUGGUAACCCUCAGGGAGGCAGCAGGUCUCCAUAGGUCCGGGCAGAGCAGUACCGAGGCUGAUGACCAGCAGGCCUGGGAUGAGAUGGCAGAUGAAGAUGCCAUCAAAUCUCCAGCCCCACGUCCUAAUACCCCGGAUACCGGGUUUGAGAUGAGGCAUAAGGAUGAAGACCAGAUUUCGGAGCAGGACAUUUUUGAGGAUUUGCCUGGAGCCUUAUCAAAAUGUACUAGAGAGGAUGUUUGCCACCCUCCUGACUGGGGGCAAGACAGUGACAACGAAGGCGAAGGCGAAGGGCAGUGGGGAAACCACCCCCAGGAGCAGUGGGAAGAAUGUUCUUCUGAAGAGGACUUAGAAAAACUUAUCGACCAUCAGGGCCUGUACUUGGCAGAGAAACCCUACAAGUGUGAUACAUGUGUGAAAAGUUUCAGUCGGAGCUCCCACUUCAUCGCCCACCAGCGGAUCCACACAGGUGAGAAACCCUACAAAUGCCUUGAAUGUGGGAAGAGCUUUAGUGACCGCUCCAACCUCAAUACCCAUCAGAGAAUCCACACUGGAGAGAAGCCCUACAAAUGCCUUGAAUGUGGGAAAGGCUUUAGUGAUCACUCCAAUCUUGUCACCCACCAGAGAAUCCACACAGGGGAGAAGCCCUAUAAAUGUGGGGAAUGUUGGAAAAGUUUCAACCAGAGCUCAAACCUCCUGAAACAUCAGAGAAUCCACUUGGGAGGCAAUCCUGACCAUUGUGGUGAGCCUGGGGAAAACUUUGGCCAAAGCCCACCCUUCAGUGCUCACUGCAGGAACUCUGCACAAGAGACAUCUCUUGAACAACCUCAGAGUGCCAGUAAGAACUUGAACUCUGGCCCACACAGCACCAACUCAGGGGAAAAGCUUUACCAGUGUUCUGACUGUGGAAGAACCUUCUCUAAGAGCUCUGCCCUCAUUAGUCACCAAAGAAUCCAUACGGGAGAGAAACCAUAUGAAUGUGCCGAAUGUGGGAAAAGCUUCAGUAAGAGCUCCACGCUGGCUAACCACCAGCGAACCCACACGGGGGAGAAGCCGUACAAGUGUGUGGACUGUGGGAAGUGCUUCAGUGAGCGCUCCAAGCUCAUCACACACCAGAGGGUGCACACAGGAGAGAAGCCCUACAAAUGCCUCGAGUGUGGAAAGUUCUUUCGUGAUCGUUCCAACCUCAUUACUCACCAGCGGAUUCACACGGGCGAGAAGCCUUAUAAGUGCAGAGAAUGUGGGAAAUGUUUUAACCAGAGUUCUAGUCUGAUUAUUCACCAGAGAAUCCACACUGGGGAGAAACCCUACAAGUGCACGGAGUGUGGGAAAGACUUCAACAAUAGCUCGCACUUCAGUGCCCACCGGAGAACUCAUGCAGGAGGGAAAACGUCAUAGGAGACCCCCCUCACCCCUGCCACAGCAAAAGAGAUAAAUGUAUAUUUAAAUCUCUUGAGAUCGUGAGAUAUAUGCUAGAAACUUACCCAGUUUUUAAGCUUGGUGUAGACCCAGGGAAGCUAUCUUGGUAUAAUCCAGGUUAUUUGGAAGUGAAUUACAAAUGCUAAGGUCCAGA